GGGUUGAUCUGCAUGCAACACAGACGUCAUGUCAGCAUGAUGACAGUCAAAGCACUUUUUGUUCCCAGUGGUUCUGUAGUCACAACUUUUCUCACUCCAAUGUAAAUUCUCUGCUCUCCGUACAUCAACAUUGAAGAGCUGUUUAAACAUGAAGAUCCUGGAGUGUAAGGACUCCAUCAGUCGCUUCCGAUUUGCUCAGUCCUGUGUGGGACUGACAGGCUGCCUCUGUGUGACCUAUGCUGUUUGGACACCUUUCUGGCUGAAGGAGAGGGGGAUCUGGACCGAGUGGAACAUCACCAAAACUGACCAUGAUCACUACAGCGACGGCAUGGUCAUCAAUGCCCUUCAGGCGCAGAGGGUGUUUGGAGUGAUCUCCUUCCUCACGGCGGUGAGCACAGCAGCCUUGUGCUUGGUGUUUGCCCUCUGCUGGACGUCUGAGACGGUGCGCUCCUACUCCAACACCCGCGCGCUUCUAAUGGCAGGACAGGCCCUUUACCCGACCACGCUGCUUCUGCUCACCAUGCUCACUACAGGGUUUUUUUUCCUCCUUUGCUGGUCCCUUUUCACUUAUCAGCACCGGGAGGAAAUCCACGAGGACUUCUCAAGCCUCGGCUCCUCUUACUGGCUGGGGGCUUUAGGCUGGAUCCUGCUCCUGCUCCUUGAAUUGGUGGUGUUUGCGGCGGAGCAAGUCGUCGUGCCAGAUAUCCUUCCAGAUUUGGAGAGGUCUGUGGAGAAAUGGCGCGCCGCAUGUCAAUUCAAGUACACUCACCUCUCUUUAAGUGACGCCCAUCACCCAGCGCAGGGAUGCACGGCUCCGAACAGGAGCGCUUCAGACCCGUAAAGGCAGCGCAGAAAUCGGAGCAUGACAUUUCAGUCAUGUGGUGAUGCACACUGACAGAAUGAAGCCGCUGCACGUUCUCGCUGCUUUAUAGAUCAGUUCAAGUGGAAUGAAUAUUGAUCAGCUUCAAGUGUUGCCUGGAGGAGAAAAGUUCCUCUGAAUCCUGAAAAUCCCUGGCACUGAGUCAGCGGUGGGAUUUUCAGCAUCGACCAAAGAGGAAAAAAAUAAAUAAAACAAACAACAACCAUUACUUCGAAGAGAAGCUUGCACAUAAUGAGACACAUAGGUAAACACUCAGAGCACUUGGUGUUUUUUAGAAGUUUAAUAAAUUUACAAAUGAUCUAAGGUUGGUUUCUUUUGCUCUUUAUCUUUUAUAUACCACAGAAAGUCAGCCUACUCCAUGGUAAACUUCAAGAUAGUGUUGGGUGGAUGAGGUAUCAUGAAACAGUAUUGCAGGGGUGAUGAAACAGAGUCCUAAUCUUCAGAGGCCACUAGAUGGCGCUCUUGGUUUAGAACUGAUGUGAGGUUUCAUUGAAUUAUCUGGUCAAUUCCAAGCAUUUUACAGCACCAUCUAGUGGCGUCUGAAAAUCAGGACACUGUUUCAUGAAACCUCAUCAACCCAUCAAUACUGUCAUGGAAGCAGGCGGCAUUCCCUAACUAAUUCAAUGAAAAUGUUAUUUUUAAACUAAGAGUGCCACCAACCUAGCGGAAAAAUAAUCACAUGAAACCUCCUCAGGCUUCAGGAUGUUUUCAGAAGAGGCCACAUGAAAUGUGUCAGAAUCUUUCAAUGAAAUUCUGUGCCGUAUAGCAAAGUUUGGAAAAUGCUGACAAAGCAAUGUUCUUUGAACAACAAAAAAAAUAACUCAUUUGGUGGUUGACAUUGCUGCUAUCUCGUGAUGGAUAGAUGAGGCUUCAUGAAACAGUGUUGUGAUUUUCAGAGUCCACUAGAUGGCACUGCCUGCCGUGUUCUGACUACUUCAAGCGAACACAUCACCUCCUUUCUAAACCAAGAGUGCCCUCUAGUGGCCUCUGAAAAUACAGUUUCAUGGCACAUAUGUGCAACAGUGCAGUUUAUUUCUGCUUCAAGGCAGGACUUAGUGAACUGUGUGAAAUGGUUUUGACCCAUCACAUUUGUGUUGUGGGCAAAUAAUACAAUGCAAACUUGUACCUCAAACUUGAAACUGAACUUUGUAUUGACAUAAGGCUCAUCAUUUCCAGUCUCAAGCCCUGACACCUUUAAUUCCCUGCGCCCUCCAAAAGGUGAGGAGCCAAUCGGAUGCAGCGGCGUUUAUGUUGAUAUAUUUACCAACUGCCAAAGUGGAGGGAAUGAAGUAGCUCUGGUGCCGUUAAUUGGGUGUUAAUCAGGUGUUGCUCUAAUUAAAAGGCAGUUCUGCCCUGUUGGCUCCGGGUAAUGAGUUUGUUAUUAAAUCCACCGAGGAUUUUUGUCUCUUUUUUUUUCAAUUUACCAACAGGGUAGCGCUUAAUUGCGGCGUAAACGAGUGGAAUGUCCUUGAGAGCCGUCCUGCAUCACUGCUCCAUCCACGAUGGUCCUGGAGAGCUUCAGUCCUUAUUAGCCCUGUUACAAUGCAUCGUAAAGAUUGAGCGAAGCGACUGCACUUCAAAACUUUUCUCCUUUAUUCCGAAAGGCUUCUUCACAUCUGAGUGACCAGUGAAUAUGUGGGACGUGUGUCAAGACGUCCUGUGCCUCCUGCCCAAAGUAGCUGGCACAGGAGCACGAAUGAGCUGUAAAAAAAAAAAAAAAAAAAAAAAGAGAAAAUGAUUGCAAUAUCUAAAGAAUACUAAUUUCAUAGAUGGACUAGCAAGAACCACAAUAUAAUUUAACAAUAAAAACACUAUUUAAAUGCAUGAAUCUCUCCAAGGAUACUCUUAAGAGAAGACUCACAAAUGACCUCCCUUUUUUCAAUAUUUUCAGAAAAACUUUUUCCAUUUUAAUUCACCUGCCAAUAUUGGCGACAUUCAAAUAUUCCGUGACUGUAUCUGUCUUUAGUUCCUUUUGUCAAUCCAAGCAUCCACCUUUGAGAAAAUUAACUUCGGGUUCCAAGUUACUCGAAAGUCACCUCUAGUGACGGGCUGAUGAGGCUUCAUGAAACAGUGUCCUUACGAGUCAUGCUCAGUGAAUGGCGCUGUUGGAUUAAAAAUAAUGUGAGGUUUCAAUGAAGUGGUUGUUAGAAAAUAAAAAGAUUUUAGAGCAGAGAGUGCCAUCUAGUGGGCACUGAAACUGAGGACACUGUUUCAUGAAGUCACUCAUAACCCCAUUAGCUAACUUGCUCCAUGUACCAAUGUUGACUUGAUGAUAAUACUUAUCACAAUACCAAGUCCCGACAACAUACAAGAGUUCGUCUUGAGUAUUGGUGAGGCUUCAUGAAACAGCGUCCUCUUUUUUCUUCUAUCGUUCUAUUUUAACAACCACUUCAAUGGAACCUCAUAUAUUUUUUCAACAAAUAGCAACAUCUACUGAAAGCUAAAAAUGAGGACACUGUUUCAUGAAGCCCCAUCAGCCCACCACUAGUCAUGAGUAAUGAUGGGUAGAAGAGGUAUCAUGAGACAGUAUUGCAGGGUUUAUGUUCUAGUUUUCAGACAGCACUAGAUGGCGCUCUUGGUGUAGAAAGGUGAGGUUUCAUUGAAUCAGUUGUUCAAGCCCAAACAUGUUACAGCAGACUGUGUCAUCUGGUGGCCUCAGAAAAUCAUGAAACCUGAUCAACUCUUCAAUACUGUGUCGCGAAACGUCAUCUAGUCUUGAGAGUACGUUGUACAUGAUCGAUAGAUGUCUGGGACAUAUCUGUUACUUCAUGCAUCUCAGCUUUACACAAUGGGUCUGAUAGUUGUUGUUUCAUGUUCUGUUUCUGUCUUUAUAUUCUAUGCGGUUGCCAAAGAAGGAAUUUCGCUUUCACCUUCUGAAAGAAGCAAAGCAGAAAUGGCCUGCAGAGACACACAAGCUCAAUCAAUGGCGAGAUGGAGAGAUUUUUAAGGAAGAGAGAGAGAAAUGACAAAUGGUAGAUGGUACACAAGAUAGACAGGUGGCCCAAUAGGCACAGAGAGAUUGUGGAUGCAGAUAGUUGAAGGGCAUUAGCCACGGAAACAUCAGUCAGAAGAUGGCUCGGAGAUUGAGCGGGCUGCCAGCUCUUCCUGCCCACAGCAGGCAGCGUGUUUACGCCACAGUCGGGCUGAACCGCCACCCUUCAUAUCAAUUACAGAGCAAUUAUGCAGCCAUGUCCUGGUAAUGAUACUGUACCGCAGUUCCACUAUCCCCGGUGAAAAUGUCUGCGUCUCAUUCGGUGUGUGGUUUUGUUUGAGAAGAUAAAUAAACGUGUGCACGAGUGAAGUGGGUUUUAUCCAGAUCUCCUUUGCAGUGGAAAGAAAAAAAAAAGCAGCUUUGAAGCAGGGAUGGAGAAGGACAGUUCAAAGUUUGACCUGUUGGUGGUGCUGGUGUUACAUCUAUUCCGUGGGCUCCUGCAGUGGCACAUGCUGAAAUGUAGGUGGAGAGACAAGUCUCAUCCGAUGAAAAAUAAAACCUGCACAGUGGUGCGUUUGAUAUUUAUUUGUGAGGUUGACAAAAUGUGAUUAAUACCCCCAAUCGCAUUCCAGAGGAUUCAGAGCCAGACCGUGCUGGACCACUUAAUAAGUCAUGUUUUAUUUUGGUGAGAUGAAUUAUGAAAUAAAGCGAGAGCGCCGUGAUUUUUGUGCAGUUUUUAAAAAAUAUAUUUUAUUUCUCGGAGGUUUACAUAAUUCAGUCAGAACAUUUGUAACUUUUCUGACAGGUUAAUGCUGUCGGGUUCAAAGUGAAGGCACCGAGGAAAUCUGCAGGAAGACAAGACAGCUGGGGAAUAAAAGACAAAAGAUAAAGAGGGAGAAGAACAAAGGGAAGGAGGGAGGAUUUGAUGUGUCACAAAACAACUUCGCACUGUCCCUGAAUUCUGUACAGCAUUUCGUGGUGUCAUAUUUCCUCCUUUGUACUCGUCUUCUAGCAAUCUCUCAAUAGAUUUUGACUCCUAAUACACUGGAAUAACUGAGGGAAAUAUAGUUAAUGGACAAAGUGUCCUUGUUUUGAAGAGCACAUUUGAAGGUGGAAAACACGGGAGAGGAAGUCAUUC